GGCUUCCGCUUCCGGUGUUUUACGGACGCGUCGGCCGUAACGAUGAUCGGAGACAUCCUGCUGUUCGGGACGCUGCUGAUGAAUGCCGGAGCGGUGCUCAACUUCAAGCUGAAAAAGAAGGACACGCAGGGCUUUGGGGAGGAAUCAAGGGAGCCUAGCACAGGUGACAACAUCCGGGAAUUCUUACUGAGCCUCAGAUAUUUUCGAAUCUUCAUCGCCCUGUGGAACGUCUUCAUGAUGUUCUGCAUGAUUGUGCUCUUUGGAUCUUGAGUCCCAGAUACACAACAAGGAACUCACCUUGCUGGACGCCGAGUCUCUGUUCCUCCGUUCCUGACGACUUUGAGAAUGUUUUUGACCGGAAAACCGAUGACCUUCCUAGAAAACCGAAGCUUGUGGUGGGUGGAAAAACUUUUGCCAAGAUGUACACGGUCUCCCAGCCACUUCACUAUUUUCAAAGAUAUUUUCCCUUUGGUCUCUGAAUUGGAAUGCUGUCUCCGCAAGGGGUUUCAGGAGGGUUUAUGUGAGGGGCUGUGAUAAAAUUUCAUUCCUGCUAGAUAAAAGAACGUGGCGAGAUCGUUUCCUCAUAUUGGAAUCCCUCCUGUGCCAGACUUUCACAAGAAACCUGUUUCUGGAUAUUUCUUGGUUUAUUUUUAAUAACCACCCUUUUGGUUAGAAUAAUACAGAUUUUAAGAAAAUCAUUUGUAUCCAGGAAUCUGAGCAGAAGGCUUGGAUUUUAAGUUUAACACAGCCUCGUUUUUGGACAGUGUUUAUAAAUUACGAGGACAUUCCAUGUUGCUUGUUGAGUCUGACAGCAUCUGGGCCCACCCAGGGAACCAAGUUGUGUCCAAAUUCCUCCCCCAUCCGGACAGGGUCUAUUUGGCCGCUCAAGUGCAGCUGAUGUCAUCCCCAGGACUUUAAGGAACAGGUCACCUGCAACAGGGACCGGCCUUCCUGUUCACACACUAAACUAUUAGCAAGAGGGAUGAGAUAGUUCCAGGUGAAGUGUUACUGAUUUCCACAGAAGAGUUCAGAACAGUGGGCAGGGUGUGCGGAGGUGGUGGGAGAAAUUUUGCUUUGCCUCGAAGCCCUUUGUUAAAUAAAGUAACUCUGGAGGCCAUGAAUUGUAUAGUCACAAGAAUGAGGGUGAUUUUAUUAUGUGGUGAUAUUGGGACCACGUUCCAAAAGCCUGCGUUUUGGAGUCAAGGAUAGAAAUAACAGCAUUUUCCCAGAAGCUUCUUUGAAAGGGAGUCCUGGUUUCAUCGCCAAAGUGAAACGCAGGUGGUCGGCGCUGAAUCCCACAGCUGUGCGAUUUGUUUGUUGUGGUUUUGGAAAUCCUGACUUGUAAGUAAACCUGGAGGGAGGAAAAAGUAAAUAUGCAGGCUCUUAGAACUAAGUAGCCUUGAAAAUAAAACUCAUUUCUAAAAA